GUCUGAUAAAUUGCAUUAAUAUUCUCCUACACUGUGUUACAUUUACGUGUUAAUAAGACAUUGUAGUUCUACAGUGCCACCUUGUGGUCUGUUCUGCUUUUAUUUUGAAAGGCGUGUCUUCUUCUUCUAAUGUUUUACGGUGCUAAACUUCCUGUUACACGCUUCGCAAUGUGGUGCUGAUGCAUCGUCGGAAGAACGAGCCUUGAACUUUGAGGGUGUGUGUGUGUGUCGAGCUAGAGAGCAUGCUAGCUGAUGUCAGAACUCUUUAAUUAGUGCCCUUGGAGAGCGGAAUGAGGUAUGAAACUCAAAAAUGUGUAUUGUGUAUUAUUAUCAGAAGAGAUUUUGUUUGUGGAAAAAGAGAAUGUCAUGAAGUUCAUUUGUUUAUGAGUUCAUCACACGUGUUAUCUUGAUAAACAUAUAUAUAUAUAUUCUUUCUGUAAACAUUUGUAAUAUAUUGUGUUUAAUUUAAAGAAGCAUGUGAUAUUUUAUUUGUCAUAUUAGCUUAAAAACAUUGUUCAUUCUAUAUUGGCUAUUAUUUAAAAUGAUUUACAUAUGAUGUAAACAUGAUUAAUAUGUGAACAUGAUUUAUGUGCUAAUUAUUUGUGAAACUACAUAGAAACACUUUGUAUUUCUGCUGUUUUUGUUGUAGUUUUCACGGUGUUCAUGGUGCUUAUGGUGCAUGGUGUUCGUUGAGAGGAAAUAAACCGACACCCGUUUGAAACUCUCUGCGUCUUUUGAUUAAUAAAUCCAAGGGGCCGCUACAGUGAAAACUCACUGCUGCACCAGACCUGACGCCAUCACAUCUGAGGUCCAAUCUACCAGCCAGUUUACUUCGUUUGCAUCCAACUCCUUCACCCAGGCAAGACUUAAAAUCGACAGUACGUUAAAGGUAGAACUAGAGAUGCAAAAAAGACACUGGAUGCCAAAGUAGCAAAAGGACGAUUUCUACACACCCAAGCUUACAAAGUGACUAAGUAAAUAAUAUGGUAUUAUAAAGGUCAAAAUUAACUUGCAAGCUAAUUCUCAACUUUCUCAAAAAUGGUGAUUAUUUCAUGUCUUUAUGAAAAUGUUUAAAGUGUGAAUUUGUUGUUACUGUUUUAUACAAAAAUCCUUUUGGAUGUCCAUAAUCUGUUAAUGCUUGACAUAAAUAUUACUCUGUGGUAAGGCAUAACUACAGCUUAUAAGUGUAAAUUCAGGCAUAGGACAAUAAAAGGCUAAAUUCGACUUAAAGCAGUAGCACAAACAAACAAACAAAAUGUCACAUAAAGACACACCAUGCAGAUCCAGCUCACGUGAGAGAAAGUUUACAGAGAAAGGCCAAGAGAUGCAUGACCAAGACACCAAAAAACGUGAGAGAGCAUUUAACAAAACCUAUGACUCUUGGAAGCUGGUAGCAAGGAAGACUAGGACAAAAUUAAAAAACCUCUGUUCAUCAGAAGAACUUAAUGAAUUACAACAAGACAUUCAAGCAAAGCAUGAUGACGUUAGCCAGCAGUAUGAACCUAUCUUACGGAACAGUAACACCACACCAGAGAUUGUAAAGAAAAUGGAUGCCUGUGGUACGCUAACAAAAGACAUUUGUGACCUCAUAAGUAACCGUCUAGAGACUAUUAAUCAAGAUUAUAAUGAUCAACUUGAGAAGGAAAGGGUAAGAGAAACAUUAAACAAAGAUGAAUAUGGGUCUGUCUUUGGCCACACAAAAACUGAAACGGUAAUCUCAGAGUCACCGGAGAGAUUGAGCAACCACUCCAGCUCAGCCAGUACUCACAGCAGCAGAGUAGAUGCACAAGCAGAGCUUGCGGCUAAGCUGGAACAAUCAAAAGCCAUGAAAGAAAUCCAAGCACAGCAAGCACAUCUUCGCAAGUUAGAAGGUGAAUGGAAACUUAAAGAGGCAAAAAUGGUGUCAGAAAUGAAACAAAAAGAGGUGGAAAUGCAGCAACAGUUGGAACAAGAAAGAGCAAAAUUGCAGCAGUUACAAGCAGCAAAAGACGUUGCUAUAGCAGCAGCUUGUGUGAGAGCAUAUGACGGUUUUGAAGGUUUUGAGGACCAUGAUGAGGAGUUUAAUGACAAAACAAACUCUGCUUGCUACAGAAUGGAAACCAAACCUCGAUUAAAUCCUGAUGCAGUAUCAUUCCAACCUCACCAAGUUGCUCCUGAAGUGAUAAUGACUCAGGAGUCUGCCAGUCUUGCCCAAGCAAUCGCCAGCUCAUUAAGCAUGAACCGCUUGCCGAUCCCUGAACCAACCACAUUCAGUGGUGACCCUUUACAGUUUACCGAUUGGAAAAUGUCAUUCAUAGCUCUUAUUGACAGAAAACCUCUCCCACCAAGUGAAAAGAUGUUUUAUCUCAAAAAUUAUCUUGCUGGAGAUGCGCGCAAAGCUGUAGAAGGUUUCUUUUAUCGAGAUUCAGAGAGCGCAUACAAUGGAGCAUGGAAAGUCUUACAAGACCGAUAUGGGAAUCCGUUCAUCAUACAAAAGGCUUUCCGAGAUAAGCUCACAAGAUGGCCAAGGAUCAAUACAAACGACCCACUUGCACUACAAGAGUUCGCUGACUUCCUCCAAGGCUGCGCGGAGGCGAUUCCAUAUGUCAAAGGACUAGCUAUCCUUAAUGAUUGCGAGGAAAACCACAAGUUACUCAAAAAGCUACCAGAAUGGAUUGUGCGCAAGUGGAGUCGAAUUAUUGUAGAGGAACUUGACACGUCUGGAAGCUAUCCAGAUCUUGCAUGCUUCACAAAGUUCCUGAGCAAAGAGGCACGGAUAGCUUGCAACCCUAUUGCUUCUCCAUUGUUGAUAAAUUUCAAGGCCAAAGAUGACAAAUCACCAAAGAGAGCCAAAGCUUUCAACACACAUACACAAACAAAGAGUUUCGCUCAGGAGAAACAAGAAACAAACGGCAGCAAACCAAAACCACCUUGCUCCGUCUGUAAAAGUGAAGCUCAUUACAUCACCCAGUGUCCUGCCUUUGCAGCGAAGAGUAGUGAAGACAAAAAGCUAUUCAUCCAUGAAAAUCGGCUCUGCUUUGGGUGCCUAAGGAAGGGUCACAUGACCAAGGAUUGUAAGAGGCGACACACAUGCAAUAUAUGCAGCCGUCGUCACCCAACCUGCUUGCACGAAGACAGGAAACAAAGACCUGUGGAAGCAACAACGAAUAGCUCCACUUCCGUAGAAAACCAUGCAAGCUUGGAAACGCACAAGGUCAUAUCCCAUUCAUCAACACAACAUGCUUCUGCUACCUCAAGUAUUGUCCCAGUCUUUGUGUCUUCAAUACAAGAGCCACACAGAGAAGUACUUACAUAUGCCAUACUGGACACACAGAGUGACUCAACGUUUGUCCUAGAUGAUGUACUUGACAAGCUGAAUGUUGAUGCUCAACCAGUAAAACUGAAACUGAGUACUAUGACUGCUAUUGAUACAAUCAUAUCUAGCAAGAAUGUCCAUGGUCUACAAGUUCGAGGACUGCACUCUAAGAACCACAUCCCAGUACAGCAGGCCUACAGCCGUGACUUUAUCCCGGUGGACAAGUCUUACGUCCCAACGAAGGAAACUGCAUUACAGUGGCCUCAUCUCAGACAUUUGGCAGAUAAGCUACCAUCCCUUCAAGACUGUGAUGUAGGGCUUCUUAUUGGAUAUGACUGUCCAUCAGCGCUAGCUCCUCUUGAGGUCAUCAUUGGUGACAAAAAUCAACCGUUUGCACAGAGAUCAGAAUUAGGAUGGAGUGUCAUAGGCUCAUCAAACCCCCACUUAGACAGACAAGGAAGUCAGAGCUUUGUGCAUCGGCUCACAGUAAAAGAACUGACAAUUCCAUCGGCGACAGAUGUUCUUAAAGUCCUAGAAUCAGACUUCACCGAGAGAACUUAUGAAGAUAAGUAUGUGUCCCAGAAUGAUGUUCAAUUCAUACAGUUCCUCAGUGACAACAUCACUCAGAAGAAAGAAGGACAUUAUGAGAUGCCCCUCCCAUUCAAGGGCAACAGUCCACCAUACCUACCAAACAACAAGAGGCUAGCCACAGUGCGCCUGCAGUGCCUUAAGAAGAAAUUAAAGAACAAUGAACAAUACUAUAAUCAAUACAAAACAUUCAUGGAAGAAACAAUUAACAAGGGUGAAGCAGAGCCUGCCCCUACAACAUCUGAGGGAGAGACGGAGUGGUAUCUUCCACAUCACGGCAUCUAUCACCCCAGGAAACCAGACAAGCUGAGAGUCGUAUUCGACUGUUCAUCCAAAUUCCAUGGUGUUUCUUUAAACGACACUCUACUGACUGGGCCUGACCUUAUCAAUCCUCUGCUAGGAGUUCUUUGCCGCUUCAGGAAGGAGGCCGUAGCGAUCAUCUGUGAUAUUGAAAGAAUGUUUUAUCAGUUCUCUGUCACUCCAGAAUCCCGUAAUUAUCUGAAAUUUCUCUGGUGGAAAGGUGGAGAUUUGGAGAAGGAACCACAGGAAUACAGGAUGACGGUUCAUCUCUUCGGAGCCGCCUGGAAAGCGCAUACUGCAAGAGCUGUGUCAUAGAGGCAUCGGAUGGGACGAUCCACUACCAGAAGAUAUGAGGUCAAGGUGGGAGGAGUGGAUAAAUGGUCUUCAUAAGUUGAAAGAGGUUUCAAUCCCAAGAUGUUACCACCCAUAUGACUUCCAUAACAUUGUUAGAGUAGAGCUGCACCAUUUUUCAGAUGCCAGCUGCGUGGGAUAUGGUGCAUGUUCUUACCUCAGAUACCAAAAUGACAGGGACCAAGUCCAUUGCAGUCUCGUGUUGGCGAAAGCAAGGGUUGCACCCUCAAAAGUCACAAGUAUCCCGAGAUUAGAACUUGCGGCAGCGAUGGUUUCUACAAAAAUCAGUGUCAUGUUAAAGGGUGAGCUUGACAUAAAAAUUGAUGAAGAGGUUUUCUGGACAGAUUCACAAGUCGUGCUUGGGUACAUUAACAAUGAUGCCCGUAGGUUCCACAUAUUUGUUGCGAACCGUGUUCAACUGAUAAGGGAUAACAGUGAUCCCAGUCAGUGGCACUAUGUGGACACUGCAGAAAACCCGGCCGAUCAUGCUUCCCGAGGUCUUCGUGCUUCAGACAUUAAUUCAACAAACUGGUUGCGAGGACCGAAGUUUCUCAGGGAGCGUGAAUUACAUCUAACACCCAGCACUCCAUCAGAAUUACUCAUUGGUGAUCCUGAAGUCAAAACAAUUCAGGUGCUUGCAACAGAAGCCGAAGACUACAAUGACAUCCUCAGGCGUUUGAGUAAGUUUUCCUCCUGGACAACAAUUCUUAAAGUGGUUUCAAGAAUCAAGAGGCUGGGCUCCAAAUCGAAACAACACUGUGAGUAUGUGACUGUUAAGGAGCGUGAAAAGGCUGCAGAUGAAGUGAUUAAGAUCGUACAGCAGCAAGCUUUCCCUAAGGAGAUAAAGAUGCUUCAGGGUAAAAA